UGCAAUCUUAUCACGUUCCCGUAAGGAGGCGAAACAGAGAAUUUAGGAAUGACCUUCAUGUUUAGCAUCUCCUACCCUGCCCUGCCAAGAAAACAACUUAAGGUUGUUCCAAAGAUCUUGCAUAUCUCUUUCUUAUUAGGUUUUACGACCCCCUACAGUUUUGUACAUGAGAAAAUGCAGGCACAGUCCAGAGAAGUAUGUUGACCUCUCCAAGGUCACGCAGCCAGGCCAUGAAACUAACAGUUGGAGGGCUGAGAGCUCAGCCCUGUCCUUGGUGCUGCAGAAAACCGCCAGUCUUCGGGCUCUUUCCUCCAAAAGAGCAUUUCCCGGGACUUCCCUGGCGGUCCGGUAGUUGAGACUCCGCACUUCCACUGCAGGGGGCACGAGUUCAUCCCUGGUCGGGGAAAUAAGAUGCCGCAUGCCACUGCGCGUGGCUGAAAAAAAAAAGCGUUUCCCAAACGCCACACCACCUAAGGACUUUUGCAAAUAAAUCCCAGUAUCACCAGUGUUGCUGUUUGCUGAAUACCUUUCUGCAAACGGACUUCAAAAACCUUACAUUCACAAACUUUGCCUCACUAGGUUAUCACGAGCCACGCAGAGGAGGUGACCACAAAAACGUGUAACAUGAAAAGAGAACAAAGGUUAUUCAAUUCUGGUCAGUGUCAACUGACUGCCAGAGCUUACUCAUAUAGGUUAAAAAGAGAAAUUCGAAUUAGUUCGCAGCCACCCAGUGCCCCACGCAGGCUGUCUCCUGCGGGAACUGACAGGCAAUUAGGAAGAAAUUCAUCACUUUCUCCCCGGGGAGGAGGGGAGACCCGGCUCCCGGGAAGCCCCGGCCCGUCCUCCAGUGCGCCUGCGCCGAGUCGCUGACGCCAGCCCAGGCCACGCCCCCUCCCGGAGCGACCGCUGGCCUCGGGGGCGGGGCCUGGGCACAAGAUGGCCGCUGCGCGCCCGGAGCCCCCGAGUCCGAGCUCAGCGGCCCCGGAGCCGAGAUCCCCGGAGCCUCCGGACCUGGUCCUGGUGCCCGAUGAUAGCCGCCCGGCCACCCCCCCGAGCGACCUCAUCGAGAUCCAGGUGGUGAAGGUGACGGACACCACGCUGGUACCUGAGCCCCCGGAGCCAGGUUCUCUCCACUGUGCCUUGUGCCCAGCUGUCUUCCGGCUGGUCUCCGAGCUGCUGUUCCACGAACACGGCCACGUGGCGGGGGCCGAGGGUGGCGGGCAGGGUGGGGACCCAAGCCGGUGUCAUGUGUGUGGCCACAGCUGCCCAGGCCCCGCCAGCCUCCGUGCCCACUACAGCCUGCACACGGGAGAGCGGCCCUACCGCUGCCCGCUCUGUCCCCGGGCCUUCAAGGCCCUGGCACCUCUGCUGCAGCACCAGCACCGACAUGGGGUGGAGCCGGGGACCUCUCAAAGGGCUCCGGAGGCGGCGGCGGCUCAAGAACAGCGGCCCGGGGUGCCCCAGGAGAGGUCGGAGGUGGUGGUGGCUGCGGCGGCCGCAGGCGCGGCGGUGGGGAAGCCUUUCGCCUGCAGGUUCUGCGCCAAGCCGUUCCGCCGCUCCUCAGACAUGCGAGACCACGAGCGGGUGCACACGGGCGAGCGGCCCUACCACUGCGGCGUGUGCGGCAAGGGCUUCACCCAGUCCUCGGUGCUCAGCGGCCACGCCCGCAUCCACACUGGCGAGCGCCCCUUCCGCUGCACCCUCUGCGACCGCACUUUCAACAACUCCUCCAACUUCCGAAAGCAUCAGCGCACCCACUUCCACGGGCCGGGACCGGGGUUGGGAGACGCUGGGAGCCAGCGGGCAUCGGGGGCCGAGGGGUCAGGGAGUGGGUGUGGGGCAGGAAACACUCUGGAAGAGGGGCGUGGGGAGACCGCCAAAGUGAAGGUGGAGAUGGGCCAGUAG